UAACACAACACAGGCUCGGUUAUGUAAAGAACUGGUGCAGUCGCAGCGAGUCUAAAUAGGAGAUAAAGCUAAAGUGCAGCCAUGGGCAGGUCAUUUUUAUCUUUGUUCAAACGCAAAUCGGAGAGUGAUGAGAAACUGACACAGAAGGAGACGAACUCGGAUGAAGUAGACGAGGACAAGAAUGACAUUUCACAGUUUCCUUAUGUUGAAUUCACUGGUAGAGACAGUGUCACUUGUCCAACAUGUCAAGGAACAGGACGAAUACCAAGAGAACAAGAGAAUCAGCUUGUUGCUUUGAUACCAUACAGUGACCAAAGAUUAAGGCCAAGACGAACAAAGCUCUAUGUGAGUUUGUCAGUGCUGCUGUGUCUGCUGCUUUCUGGCCUGGCUGUGUUUUUCCUUUUCCCUCGCACCAUUGACGUCACCUUCAUUGGAGUAAAGUCCUCUUACGUCACAUUUGAUACAGAGCAGCGAAUCGUCUAUCUCAACAUCACAAACUCUCUGAACAUCACUAAUAACAACUACUACCCUGUUCAAGUGGCAAACAUUACAGCACAGGUGCAGUUUUAUAAGACAGUGAUUGGAAAGUCACUGGUGAGCAAUGUGACAGCUGUUAUGCCUCUGGAUAUGCGACAGGUUGACUUCUCUGUUUCUACAAUUAUAGCCAAUGAAAUGAGCUAUAUAUUUGACUUCUGUACCAUGCAGUCCAUCAAAGUGCACAACAUUGUGGUCAUGAUGCAAAUGACUGUGACCACUGUGUACUUUGGCCAUGCUGAGCAGGUCUCUCUGGAGAGAUAUCUGUAUGUAGACUGCGGCGCGAACACCACAAGCCUAAACGGGCACAUGACUGUCAUACAGUGACCCUCUUCACCAUGAAAUCAGACUGAAGGCCACACUGAGUGACUUUCCAUUUCAGUUAGUGAAGAAUCCAGUACUGAUUAUCGGGUGCUGGUUAUGGUCAGGUCAGAAUGGCAAAGAUUUAGAUAGAAUUCACAUCUUUUCAGUUUAUCAGAUAGAAGCACUUUUAGGGAUACAGUUGAGUUGUUUUGAACUUUUAUGUUUUUUAUUCUUCACAUUGUGCAUGAAGAGUUGAUGGUAGGAAAACACAUAAUUCAUAUAAAGUUGCUGGCCUGCAAUUUGUUGACUGCAAUUUAAAAUCUAGGUUCAUUUAUGAAACACCACUAACACUUUUCAGUUCUAUAUUUACUAUUGUCAUGUAGAACAGUUAUAGUGAAGUACGCACUUUUUGAAAAAUACGCUUUUCAAUAUUUUACAAGCAUUUUUUUAGUUUUAGGUUUAAUUAAUUAAAUUAGAUUAGAUUAGAAUGUCUUAUAAACCGUAAGGGGUUAAGAGAGGGUCUUUUUAAUACUUUUCAGAAUUUUACACAUCAUGUAUCUGUAGCAUUUCUGAUUACUAUUCAAACCUUAGAGUUCAUUAUUAGUAAAAGUCACAUUUCGGUGCCACUAAAGCAGUGGUUUUGCAUUGUCUGUUUUGCAUUUCGGCCUUCACUGCGUAGAGCUUUUGGUGUAUAUAUUGUGUCCUCAGACUAAUAAUAAAGUCGAAAAACUUAUAUUUCUAAUGUUUUACACUUUUAUCAAAUUAGUUUAAUCUGUGUGACUUCAUAAAUAAUACGUCUACUUCUAGUUUGCAGAAUUUUGCAUGAAUUUAGAAUAAAUCAGAUUUUUUUCUGUAGAAUUGUAACCCACCAGUACUACACCCCUGUGCUAACAAAUCUUAAACGUAACGUGUUAGUUUUGACAAAGGUAAAAUGGCGUUUCACCCAUUUGUUAUAAGGUGAUAGUAAAUUACAUCUGCUUGAGAGUUUUUGUGAGCCUUUUUGAAAUUAAUUUAAAUAUUUCAUGCCAGGAUUCAUAAAUAGUUAUACAACUGUAAUUAAAAGUGGAACAUGCAUGUUUGGCUUUUUUAAAUUAGAAAAGGCAGUUUAAUCCCAGAGUUGUAAAAUAACUUUAUUCAUGAUGGGAAUGAGCCACUGACCUAUUUGACUCUACAAACCCUAAUAAAUCGUGCACAUAUACACCAAAAUAUUUAUUGACCCAAAUAUUGUACAAGAUACUAAUUCUGACUAUUAACAAAUGGUCCCAAGGCAAAUGGUCAAGGGGGAGUUUUUGACCACCCUAAACAAAUGCUUUAUUAUGGUGCUGAUUUUCUGAGAUGAAAACUGACACUCAGAUGCACUUAUACAGCUUAUUUAUCCUUAUUUAUGGAAUAUUUUUAAUUUACACAGCAGUUUACAUCAGUUUAUACAACACAUCUUAAACAAUAUUUUAAGAAAAUGACAAAUAUAGUAUUUUUUUUUUUAAAUAAAGUAUUUUUUUGCUGUAACAUCUACCAAGGCUGCUUAUUGACUACAACUGGUUUUGGUUUAUUUACACUCCCCUGUUUUUCCUAAUCCUAAAAUGUGUGGUUGAAACUAAUUUUAAAGAUGUGUGUUUAAAGAAUCACGUUUAACCUCCCUUUCUGUUUGUGGUAUAACAGUAAAUGUGUAAGUUCUAAGUGUUGUUCAUGUAGAUGAUGGCUUUCACUACAGAUAUUUGAACAUUAAAUGUUUUAUUCACCUUUCUGUUAUUUCAUAUACUGCUGAAAUGUAAAUAAAAUUCAUUUUGACAUUCAUAUUAAUAAAAGCUGUUGUUAUUUCAUCUGAUUUUAGUUUGAGGUGUUGUUUUAUCGUAUUUAUGGAUAACCUUUCAUUUUUAUAGCUCUGUUGCUAAACCUUUAAUGGUCAUUCAAAAAAAAGUUUGUGUGCGGUGAGUGAAACAUGAUAUUUCAUCAAUUAA